AUGCAUGAGAGUAAUUCAGGCCUUUGGGAUGACUUACCUGCGAAGUGCGCCUCAAUCUGCAAUACUUUGAAGACAAAGGAUCAUGAAUUGCGCAACACCCACGCCCAACUUGUCAAUAACAUUGAGAUCACUGAAGUGCUCUUCGAAUUGAUGUGGAAGAUGCGAACUUUGCUAAGCUCCUAUGAGCAAGAACAAAAACAAGGGCUGGACUUGGAGUCUGCAUUUGAAUUGGCAGAAGCGCGACUGAAGCUCCAAAGCUUGGAAUUAGACUGUGACACACUUCGUCAAGAAAACAGCCAUCUACGUGAGGUGCUUCAGACACAGCAUGUGAAGGGGUGA